CUGCCCAUCGGUACUCAUGAAUAUCAACCCCAAAGAUGCUUUUUCUCCUUCUUCUUCUCCUUUUUUUUUUUCUCCCCCUCUCUCUCUCUUCUUCAGUUCUUCAGUUUUUUAAUGCAGCCUUCUCUUAUUAUAAUCCCCAACCCUUCCUUCCUUCAUCAUCGUUUUAAAAAUCCAAGAAAUGCCUCUGAUCAACAUCAAUUUCGAUUCCAUUUUUCUUUUUAUUUUAUUUAAUUCCCGCACAGGACAGACAAGCGGACUUCAGAUUUAGACCAGAUUCCACAUUACUUACUUACUUAUUCAUCCGCAAACCACGAUCCAUCCAUCCUCCAUUCCAGAUCCAACCAUUUCCCCAUCGACAAACCUCGCCGCCUUCAUCUCCUUUCCGCCUUUAAUCAAGAAAAAUAACGUUUCACAACAUGGAAGAAAGCCCAUCUCCACCCACGCGCCGUCGGAGAUUCCCCGUCGAUGAUGGGGUCGAUCUAAUUGACUGCUCCGGCAAGCAUUGCCGGUCUUGCACUGCUGGCUUGGUGGCUGAUUGUGUCGCUGUCUGCUGCUGCCCCUGUUCCGUGGUUAGCUUCUUGGCUCUGGCCCUCGUCAAAUUGCCGUGGAUGAUUGGCCGGCGGUGUCUGCAAAGGGCGAGGAAGAAGAGGAAGUUGAUUCGCCGGAAAAGGGAAUGCGAUGGCGCUGCAGCUGCGUCGGAAACUGGUUUGGGUCCGGCGAGGGAGGAAGAGCUGCCGGAAAUUAUGCCGGGGUCCGGCGAGGAAGAAGAAGAAGAAGAAGAGGUGGGGAAUUUUAGUGCGAGAUUUGAAGCAGAAAGAAUUUGGUUGCAGUUGUAUCAACUGGGUCAGUUGGGUUUUGGAAGAGUUUCUUUCACUGGGAAUUCAAAUCAAUGGCCAAAUUCCAAUUAAAUCAAAUUUAAUCACUAAUUUGUAUAGUUAUAACGUAAAUUAUUAAUUUAGUAUCUUAUUUUUCA